AUGGAGCCGGCGGCUGCGCUGAGCGGGCCGGUGUGGUCGGCGGCCUUCUGGCGGCGGCUCUCGGGGCCGGAGGAGCAGCGGGCGCUGGAGGUGCUGAGCUACGGGCUGGCGGGCUGCAUGGCGGCGGCGGUGGUGCUGGGGCGCACCUUCCGCGUCUCGCUGCCCUACGGGCGCUACGCGGCGGCGCUGCACUGCGGCUCGGUGCCGGCCCGCCCGGCCUGGCUGCUGCAAGAGGCGCCCUCCUUCCUCCUGCCGCUGCUGCUCGUCCUCCGCAGCGACGGCGCCCAGCUGCCCCGCUGGCCCAACCGCAUCCUCCUGGCGCUCUUCCUCGCCCACUACGCCUACAGGGCAUUCAUCUUCCCUUUCUUAAUUCGUGGAGGAAAGCCAACACCAAUCUUUACUUGUGUACUAGCCUUCGCCUUCUGCUCCUGUAAUGGAUACUUGCAAGGCCGGAGUUUGAGUAACUAUGCAGAAUACCAAUCAAGCUGGCUGAAAGACCCACGCUUCAUUCUAGGUAUUGCAGGGUGGAUCAGUGGCCUGCUGAUUAAUAUACAUUCAGAUCAUAUUCUAAGAAAUCUCAGGAAACCAGGGGAGACAGGCUAUAAAAUACCAACAGGAGGACUGUUUGAAUAUGUGAGCGGAGCAAACUUCUUCGGAGAGAUCAUCGAAUGGUCUGGGUUUGCUCUUGCUUGUUGCACAGUGGAAAGUGCUGUUUUUGCCAUUAGCACCUUUCUGGUCUUGAUGACCCGAGCUCAGCAGCAUCACCAAUGGUACCUUCAAAAGUUUGACAACUACCCACAAUCCAGGAAGAUUUUGAUUCCAUUUGUGUACUAAGUGUUCCUAACAUUCUCAGCUAAUUCUGAAUAAUUUCUCUUUUGGAGUGGCAGCUGUUCUGAAGAAUAGACAUUGGUUAAUGGGUUUGCCUUCAUUCUGGUGCUCCAGAAGAACAUUAAUGCAGAGAUUCUGUCAAAUGGUGGCACGACAACAUGUUCGGUUGGCCCUUGUUUACUUGAAACUCCAUAUUGAUGAAGUCUUGGUUGGUGAACCUAAUAAAGUUUCAGGAACCCAAA